ACAAGCAAAAGUUUUCCUCUGACUCUGGAAAAGAGGAGUCGACAUGGAGGAAAUGGAACUGCUAGUGUGACCCCACGGAGAGACUCCCGACCCCCGUGGAAGAAUGAUAACUUAGCCACCACUUUGGGACGCGGCUUUUUUUUCCUGUGCGCGUGUGUCAAGUAAACUGUGGGAAAGUUUGAAGCUGGGGGGAGCUGGCUAUGGCGCGGCACAGCGAGGAGGACGCCGGGAUGGCCAAAGCUCCGCCAGCCGCACGGCAAAGAAAGAAGAAACCCAAAGAGAACAAAACCAGGACUGUCCACGCAAACAUCCUGCACGACUGCGCCAAAGGGGACGAAAACCCCAACCGACACUAUGCAAACAACAAGAUUAAGACGACCAAAUACACCGUGCUGUCAUUCCUGCCAAAGAACCUCUUCGAACAGUUCCACAGGUUCGCCAAUGUUUACUUCGUCUUCAUCGCUCUGCUCAACUUUGUUCCGGUUGUCAACGCGUUCCAGCCCGAGCUCGCUCUGGCUCCCGUGGUCUUCAUCCUGUCCGUGACCGCCAUCAAAGACCUGUGGGAAGACUACAGGAGACACAGGUCCGAUAAAGAGAUCAACCACAUGGACUGUCUGGUCUACAGCAGAGCAGAGAGACGCUAUGUGGAGAAGUACUGGAAGGAGGUGCGGGUGGGAGACUUCAUCAGGCUGCGAUGCAACGAGAUCCUCCCCGCUGACGUGCUGCUGCUGAGCUCCAGCGACCCCGACCGCCUGUGCCACAUCGAGACCGCCACCCUGGAUGGAGAGACCAACCUGAAGCAGAGGCAGGUGGUCCGCAGCUUCUACGACCUGGACUGCGAGUUUGACCCUCUAAAGUACAACAGCAUCAUCGAAUGUGAAAAGCCCAACAACGACCUGAACAGAUUCAGAGGCUACAUAAUCCAUCGAAGCGGCAGGAGAGACGCGCUUUACAAAGAGAACCUGCUGCUGCGAGGCUGCACCAUCCGCAACACGGAGGAGGCCGUGGGAAUUGUCAUCUAUGCAGGUCACGAGACCAAAGCCAUGCUGAACAACAACGGUCCACGUUACAAGCGCAGUAAACUGGAGAGGCAGAUGAAUGUAGACGUGUUCUGGUGCGUCAUCAUCCUGCUGGUCAUGUGCCUGUUUGCUGCUGUUGGUCACGGGCUGUGGAUGUUUCAGUAUGGAGAUAACAGACCCGUGUUUGACGUUCUUAGCCCAGAGGGGACCAACUUAUCGCCCAUCAUGUCAGCCAUUUAUCUCUUCCUCACCAUGAUCAUCGUCUUUCAGGUCCUGAUACCCAUCUCCCUUUUUGUGUCAAUUGAAAUUGUCAAGAUCUGCCAAGUGUACUUCAUCCAUCAAGAUAUGGAUCUGUACGACGAGGAGACAGACUCCCACCUGCAGUGCAGAGCACUUAAUAUCACAGAGGAUCUGGGCCAGAUGCAGUAUAUCUUCUCUGACAAGACAGGCACGCUGACGGAAAAUAAGAUGGUGUUCCGGCGCUGCACUGUGGCAGGGGUGGAGUAUUCCCAUGAUGCCAACGCUCGAAGACUUGCCAUGUACCAGGAAAUGGACUCAGAGGAGGAAGAGUGCAUGUCUCACGGUGGCACCCUCCCCAGGCGGGACAGCGUGACCAGUCACCAGAGCGCCCGCGUGGUGCUGCGGUCCCAGAGUACCAAGUCCCACCGCAGGACAGGCAGCAGGGCCGAGGCCAAGAGAGCCAGCAUCCUGUCCAAGCACACGGCCUUCAGCAGCCCCAUGGAGAAAGACAUCACCCCCGACCCCAAGCUCCUGGACAAAGUCAAUGACUGCAGCAGUCAGAUGGACUUCAUGCGCUUCCACAGCCAGCCUAUGUCCCAGCUGCCCUCUGACCUCUCAGACAUCAUCGAUUUUUUCAUCGCUCUCACAAUCUGCAACACGGUGGUCGUGUCCUCCCCCAACCAGCCAAGACACAAGGUCAGGAUGAGGUUCGAGCUAAAGUCUCCAGUGAAGACCAUCGAGGACUUCAUCAAACGCUUCACCCCCAGCCGACUGACCUCCGGCUCCAACAGCAGCAGCUCCUCCAGUCUCAUCACCAACCGAUCCUCCAAUAAGGGCUGCUCCAGCCUGCUGUCCUCGCCCUCGGCAGAGAGCACGCUCUCCAAGCUGCACGAGGAGCAGCCCUCGGGAGGUUUGGAGCAGGCUUUUAGCCCCAUCCCGCCAUCCUACGAUGGAAAAACCUCCUGGAACCUCGACGAAGGAGAGCUGCGCUACGAGGCAGAGUCGCCCGACGAGGCCGCUCUGGUCUACGCUGCCCGGGCCUACAAGUGCUCCCUGGUCGGACGCCUCCCCGACCAGGUGAUCGUGGAGCUGCCUCACCUGGGGAAGCUGAGCUUCGAGCUGCUGCACACACUUGGCUUUGACUCCACCAGGAAACGCAUGUCUGUGGUGGUUCGACACCCUCUGACUGAUCAGAUCACCGUCUACACUAAAGGAGCAGACUCUGUCAUCAUGGAUCUCAUCAAACCCCCCGACACAGGAAACUCCAAAGGGAAACGUCAGAAAAAGAUUGUCUGCAGGACCCAGCACUACCUGAAUCUGUACGCUGCAGAUGGACUUCGCACGCUGUGCAUAGCAAAAAAGAUUCUGAGCAAAGAGGAGUACGCCUGCUGGCUGCAGCGGCACUUGGCGGCUGAGACGGCCAUUCAGGGAAGGGAGGAGCUGCUCUUUGAGUCGGCCCUGCAGUUGGAGACGAACCUCCAUCUUCUGGGAGCGACGGGCAUUGAGGAUCGGCUGCAGGACGGCGUGCCUGAAACUAUAGCUUCCCUGCGGAAGGCGGGCCUACAGAUAUGGGUGCUGACGGGGGACAAACAGGAAACUGCUGUGAACAUCGCGUACGCGUGCAAGCUGCUGGACCCCGAGGAGGAGCUCCUGACACUGAACGCUGACUCUCAGGAGGCGUGCGCGCUGCUGCUGGAGGAGAGUUUACACUACAUCCAGGCCAAAUUCCUCUGCAGCCCAUCAGGCCCAACCACCAAGAGCUUCAACACGAACUUCUCACCCUUUGACAUCUACUCCUCUUCAUCUCCGUCCUCCCAGUCCACUCCCUUCUUGGUGCACCGGCUGGGCCUGGUGAUAGACGGGCGGACGUUGGCCUACGCCCUGGAUAAGAGUUUGGAGGAUAAGUUUCUGGCCGUUGCACGGAGCUGCCGUUCCGUGCUGUGCUGCCGGUCCACGCCGCUGCAGAAGAGCAUGGUGGUCAAACUGGUGCGGAACAAGCUGAAGGUCAUGACUCUGGCCAUAGGAGAUGGGGCCAAUGACGUCAGCAUGAUCCAGGUCGCAGACGUGGGUGUGGGGAUCUCAGGACAGGAAGGCAUGCAGGCAGUGAUGGCAAGCGAUUUUGCCCUCCCACGUUUCCGGUAUCUCCAGAAGCUCCUGCUGGUACACGGGCACUGGUGCUACUCCCGCCUGGCUAACAUGAUCCUGUAUUUCUUCUACAAGAAUGCAAUGUUUGUGGCGCUCAUCUUCUGGUAUCAGUUCUACUGUGGCUUCUCAGGUUCAGCCAUGAUUGACCAGUGGUAUCUCAUCUUCUUCAACCUGAUGUUCUCUGCUUUCCCACAACUCAUUACUGGCACUCUGGACAAAGACGUGUCAGCAGAGACUCUCCAACAACUACCUCAGCUCUACGUGAACGGCCAGAACUCCGAGGAAUAUAAGCCAUAUAUGUUCUGGAUGAACAUGAUUGAUGCCUUCUACCAAAGUCUCGUCUGCUUCUUCAUUCCUUACUUUGCCUACGCUGACUCUGACGUGGACCUGUUUACAUGGGGAACUCCCAUCACCACCCUCGCCUUAUUCACUAUUCUGCUGCAUUUGGGCACCGAGACCAAAACAUGGACGUGGAUGAACUGGAUGUCGAUCGCCUUCAGUAUCGCCUUAUUCUUCACCGUGGCGCUGUGCUACAACGCCUCCUGUCCCGCCUGCUACUCUCCUUCCAACCCCUACUGGACCAUGCAGAGGCUGCUGCAGGAGCCCCUCUUCUACCUGCUGUGCUUCAUCACGCCCAUCGCUGCGCUGCUGCCUCGAUUUUUCUACAGGGCGUGUCAAGGCACGCUGUUCCCGAGCCCAGUCCAACUUGGAAGGCAGUUGGAUAAACUCCCCGCUGACAUCCGCAGGAACAUCCUUAGCCUGAGUCGGGUCAAGGUGGGGUCGCCGCUCUGCCCCAAGCUUCCUUUCCUGUCCCUCGCUAAGGCCUCGCCUAAAGGUUACUAUAAAAAGGAUGGGAGGAGCGUCUCUGGCUCAAAACAGGGGCCUCUAUUACAAACAGAUGAAGCAAAGAGAAGCCCGCUGCAGCCCACAGACAGCGAUAUGCACCUUUCAGAUCUCUAUACACCAGCUCCGUCAGAAGUAGACACCCUUCCCUACACCAAAGACAACCCCGCCCUGUCAGGGGAGCUGCAGACUUCUUCUGCCGCAGACUCUGAGCAUCUCAAUAAGACUAUAGAGCCGUCAGAUGUCAAUCUGUCCAGCUGUGUCACCUCCACACCUCUGCCCGCUCAGGCAGACAGCGUGCAGCUGAGCAUGCCCCCCGACGGAGCCUCGCAGUGCGUCAGAUACACGAGGAACUCAGAGGAAAGACUCAAAUCUGAGCACGCCGUCAGUUCGGCACACAGGACAGAGCCGCCGACAGAACGGCCGCUGCAGGCCGCUUCCUUCAGUCUUAACUAGGAAUUCAAUUGCACAAUAGUUUGUUUGUUUUUUAAAGAUCUAAUUAUAUUUUUCAAGCAGAUUCUUUUAUGAAACAUGCAAAGAGGUACUUUAUAUUUUGGAUGUAAAUCUAAAGCAGAUAUUUUUGCCUUUUGGGAGAUUUAUUUUUCUGAUACUGGGAAACUUAAAGUUCACACAGAAACAUCUCAGUACUCUGUCAGGUCUUCAUGAAAAGAAGAGCAGAGAGAUUCCACCGUGAUAUGGUACCCAGUUCGUUCUUUCAGCUUGGCCUGUAAAUGCACCAAAACCGGGAUCGGAGCCGUUCGUGGCCUCGAAUCGGUGCUGACGAGGAAAGAAGUUCCCGUACUUUACUUAUACUUAAUGGCCACGCAGAAGCAUAUUUCUGUGAGGACUUCCAUGCAGAUGAUACCAAAGGUUUAUAUUCAAGUGCAGCAAGUUGUGGUGCUGGCUCUGUGCACAUUUUCUUCUUCUUGUUGGAUCGGGAAACAUAGAGGUCCGUUUCUAGCUGUUCUCUUGCACAGUAAAUUCUUCUAAAUUAUAGUUAUUAGAGCUGUUGGCUGUAAAGUUAUUUGUGCAUUAUGACCAAGAAACCGCCAUUUCAGUCUUUAUGCACUAAGAAUCCACCAGGAAUUAUGCUGUGUGUAUGUGUGGGUGCGUGUGUGUGUUUGUUUCUACAGGGUUAAGACUUGGUUUGAAAUGGUUAGCGUUAGGAUUAUGUUCAGAUUAGGGUUCGGGUUAGACGUUUAGCUGGGCCAUGGAAUACGCUACAUCCUCGCAAAAGCAAAACUCUUAUAUGUGUGUGUGUGUGUGUGUGUGUGUGUGUGUGUGUGUGUGUGUGUGUGUGUGUGUGUGUUUAUCCAAUGACUCAUUGGAUCUCUUUUAAGAGCCAGUUCUGCAUAAAUGUAGAUUUGCUAACUGUUGCCAAGAGUUGAGGUCAAUCCAGUUUCCAUGACUCUGUCAAAUAUAAAGCUGAAGUCGGAGGCGUUAUUUUCUAAAAAAAAUAAAUAAAUAAUAAUAAUAAUAAUUUUUAAAACCUGCUUUCCAGCAUCUCUAAAGCUCAUUAAUUAACAUUUCAUAACAUCUCCUUUCUUUCAUUUUUGUAAUCACCAUAUCAUAAAGAUAAUGUAUGUAUCAUUGCUAGCGGUUAGCUGCUUCUGUCUUCACCUUCAUGUACUGAACCCGUCACUUGUCAGCCUCCAUCCGAGUGAAAACCCUCCUCUGUGUGUCUGCGCAGAUGUUUUGCAGAUGUCUUCUCAUCUGCAUCCUUUACAGUUUUACUAGGAAGCACUUUAAAAGCCCCAUUUUGCUUUUAGCUUUUCAGUUUUUAAACACCACGUUUACAGUUGGAUAUUUUUACCUUAAGCUGUUUCCCUCUGCUCUUCGAUUUUAUACACAGCUAAGCUAACGCUAUCAUAAGAAGCAGGAUUUUUGCUACCGUAAGCUUUUUUUUUUUUUUUUUUUUUUUUUUUUUUAGUCUGACUUUAAUCAUGUUUGAUCUUUGGCCCUGUGCGAGUAACAUAGUAGCAUUUAACUAAAUGCGAUCUUAAAACUGGAAUUAUUCUGACAAAGAUUUAUAUCUUCAUAAGCAACAACCAGUACUCAAAACAGGAGGUUUUGGCCUGUGCAAGUGUCCUGACUCCAACACAAACAUGAGAGAGAAGGAUUAAAUUUCUUUUGUUUGUGAGAAACAGCCAGUUGGAAAGAGUUUCAGAGUAGAAACUGGGCGAUCGAUGCCCAGAAUAAGAAAAAAGGGGCAUUAUUUUGAACUUUUACUCAUGAAAAGCUAGGCUAACGCUAAUGAGUGAAAUAGUAAAUACAUAAACCUGAGCAUAACAGAGGCACCGCUUAGUCUGUGCAAGUCCCCUUUUUCCAUUCAUGUCAUGUGUUUAGUUUAUCUGAAGCCCAUCUGAGGUUUUUUUUUUUUUUUUUUUUUUUCCUAAAGCUGUAAACCAAAUCCUCGGGGCUCAGUCUGUCCCAGAUCUUAAAGAGACUGCUUUAAGUUUGCACUUUGAAAGCUUUCAGUCGCUGAGUGUCGUCGGUGCUGCAAGGAGAGCGGGAGCUUUGCACCCCUCUUACCUUUGCAGACACUUUGAUGCGUUCCUCCAGUUUAUGGUUGAGCAUUUAAAGCAGCAGCACCUUUUUAACAUUUUCUGAAGGGCGUGUCUCAUUCCAGGAUGUUUUUGUAAAGAGUUCAACUUUUGCCAAAGGUCAUCUAUAUAUUCUACGUGCCUUAACACUGGAUAAGAAAUGAGAAAUGUGCUCGUGAUGCUGAUUCUGUUUGUUUAAUGAUGAUGGAGCAUAUAUUCGGAGGCUGCAGGCUCUGUGGUUUCUCUCCACCUGUCCUUUUGCACAUGGUGCUUGUUCCAUUGGCAUGCUGUUGUCUGCAGUCUGUUCGCUUUGUUUCAGAGGUUCUGUCAUUUGGGGUGUUGCACUUUGUGUGCCAGGCUGAAGCUUAAGUGUUUCUGCGAUCCUACACACACACUGUCACACAGCGUAUCUGAGCAUAUUCAAUAUUUUUCUCCUUAUGUUUCUUUUGGUUGCUGCAUCGGCCGAAUGUGAGCUUCACUGUUUGAAUGGUUUCGCUCUCAAUGCUGAUCAGCCACAGCAUUAAAACGUUUUUUAAAAACCACAAUUAUUUUGAAGCACAGUAGUUUUCGAAAAGUCAAUGAGACAUUGAGUCUUCAUGUUAAAAUAGCUGCCAGGUUAAUGGGAUGUGAGAUGGGUUAUUGUUGUUGACCGAGACCAGAAAAACAGCAAGUCGCUCCACUUUCACUAAAUUAAUUUAGGAAGACAUCGAAGCGUUCAAGGUGUUAAACUCUGCCACUGCCAGCUGGUGAAGCCGUGUUUCUACCAAUCAGAUCUGUUUUUUAUGUUGUGGCUGAUCAGUAUAUUGAAAGGUAUUGAUCAGAGAUUUUGGGAUAAACACUGAAAAGCUGCAGCCGGUCACCAACGUAGAAGAACUGUUUUAGGUUUUUAUUAAUAUUCCACAUUUUUAUCAGUUCUUUGGCCUUUGUGCAAC